AUGCCUGGUCAUCUCGGUCAGAAAAUAAUCAACGCCCUGGGGGGAAAUCACUCCCAUCAUGAACCCUCACGGCAGCCUCCAGGUCGCGCAACAGUGAACAACGAUGAACGUCCGCUUUCCUCCCCACCGAAUGGAGGUACCUAUCCCCGCCUCGCCCGUCUCGCAGAUGGAUCGAUUCUGUCCUCAUUCACCCGCUUCCCCGAUGGAAAGCACGCUCUUUGCGUCGCCCGCAGCAUCGACAACGGUCGCACCUUUGAGAACCUUUCCGAGGUCACUCGCGCAGCAGGGGAUGUGGAUAACAUGUUCUUGUUAGAGGUGGUUCCGGGCGUCGUGCUGGCGGCUUUCCGCAACCAUGACGUCGGACCUCAUGGUCCAACACAUUUCCGUAUCACUGUAUGCAGGUCCCAGGACGGAGGACGUACUUGGAACUAUGCAUCACAGGCCGCGGAGAAGGGUGCCCCACUCGGUAUAUGGGAGCCCUUCAUGCGACUGGGUAGGCGGGGAGAAGUUCAGCUCACAUACUCUCAAGAGUUCGCGCCCAAUAAUCAAUGCACAAUGCUGGUGACCUCGCACGACCAUGGAAGUUCCUGGAGUCGUGCUGUCUGCUUGCAUGGUGACAAUGAUCCUCUGCGCGAUGGCAUGAAUGGCAUUGCGACCAGUUUUGACAACGGCCGCGAGGCAUUGGUAAUGGUCUUUGAGACUACAAGAUACGGUCCGUUUAGUAUCGAGGCACUUGUCUCUUACGAUGAUGGUGCGUCCUGGCAUAAUCGUCAUGAGGUAUUCCGACCGAAGCCCGGUCACAAUGCAGGAUCACCUCAGAUCACGUCAUUUGCGGAUGGUUCUAUGGUCGUCGUAUUUAUGACCGAUGAGGACUCGCCCAAGGUGGAAUGGGUCAAGAAUGCUUCGAUCAAGGCUGUCUUCGCUCCGCCGCCACAGAAUGGGCGUAUUCAAUGGAGCGGGGCCAGCGUGGUUUCGCAGGCCUCGAGCUUUUGGCCUGGUGUGAUGGCGAUUGAUCAGCAUACUGCUUUGGUAACUUAUGACCGAGGAGGUCCCUUGGGGAAGACGGUCACUUGGCACCCCUAA